GCAUGCGCAGAUCCUCGCUCCGCCGCUAGUGGUCGCUGUUUCUCGUGAGUUCGCGCUCAGCUUUUGUCACAGCAGCUGAAGGCCGAAAACAUACGACACCAUGGCUCCGUCGCGCCGCUUCUGCUCGCGUUUUUACCCAACCAACGCGCCUCUCGUACAUGCAACAGGCUCUAGUGUUUAUUAAUCCAAAUAUUCGUUCUUUUAAAUCGAGUGUUUUAUACAGGUCACUCAUGAGUGUCGGUUAUUGCGCCGCGUAAGACGCACAAAGAGGGAGAUUAUGGAGUAAACGCGACUCGCGGCCGCUUGACUCGUCAUAACAAUAACAAUAAUACUGCUAUGGCAGUCUCUGUGAUCCAGGCGUGUCGUAGUCUGGCGCUGUCCACCUGGCUUCUGUCCUUCUGCUUCGUCCAUCUGCUGUGUUUGGACUUCACGGUGGCGGAGAAGGAGGAAUGGUACACGGCGUUCGUCAACAUCACGUACGUGGAUCCGGACACGGCCGAGGUCCGGACUGAGAAGACUGAGUGCGGGCGUUACGGGGAGCAUUCGCUCAAGCGCGAGGCCAGGGGCGUGUUGGCGAUGCCCGCCGCGCCACAGGACAGACUGGCGUGCGACCCCAACACUAGAUUCACCCCGCGCACGCACGGCGCGUGGAUCGCGCUUAUCAGCAGGGGAAACUGCACGUUCAAAGAUAAAAUCAAACACGCCGUUGGACACAACGCGUCAGCUGUGGUCAUAUUCAACGUGGGAGCCUCAAACCCUAAUGAGACCAUCACCAUGCCUCAUUCAGGCGUGAGUGAUGUGGUCGCCAUCAUGAUCCCCGAGCCGAAGGGUCGUGAGCUGGUUCUUCUGAUGGAGAGGAACAUCACGCUGCACAUGCACAUCACCAUAGGAACACGCAACCUCCAGAAAUACGUCAGCCGCACCUCCGUGGUCUUCGUCUCCAUCUCCUUCAUCAUCCUCAUGAUCAUCUCGCUGGCCUGGCUCGUCUUUUACUACAUCCAGCGGUUCAGAUACGCCAACGCCAGGGACCGCAACCAGCGGAGGCUGGGCGACGCUGCCAAAAAAGCCAUCAGCCAAUUACAAGUGCGGACCAUCAGGAAAGGCGAUCAGGAAACGGAGAGUGAUUUUGAUAACUGUGCCGUGUGUAUCGAAGGUUAUAAGCCAAAUGAUGUAGUGAGAAUCUUGCCCUGCAGGCAUCUGUUUCAUAAAGGUUGUGUUGACCCGUGGCUGGUGGACCAUCGCACGUGUCCCAUGUGUAAAAUGAACAUCCUCAAAGCUCUCGGCCUCACGUCGAGUGCCGAGUGUCUGAACGAACUUCCUCUGGACUACGAGCUCGCUGUGGGGGGUGUGGCUCUCAACGCCAUGGUGAUGAGUGAUGAUGUCAUGGCGGGGGAUGUCGCCGGGGGGCGUGACCCUGGUGUGAGGAUGGUGGGUCUCCCUCAGGUCCUCCUGGACUCUGAGCCCCUGUCCCAGGACACCAUGCCAACCGAUCAAAGUGAGUUACAGUUAAUAGCCAGCGGCAGUUCAGAGGGGUCGCUCGCUACGGGGGCGGGGCACUUGGACAUUGACACACCCUCUGACGACCCAAAGUGCUGAUUUAGACACGCCCACCGCGACCACCAGAAUUGACGACCACGGCGACGGGCUCAGACCGGUUGAACGGGCUUCAAUCUCAGUGGAAUUCUGGCCAGUGACUUGCCGUAAAACACACUGCCUGCCGACGUUCACUUCAUCUUACUUCCGUUUUCUCUGAAAAGCAGGGUUCUUUCUCGUAGACCAUCGCCCCGAAGUGUACACUACAGUACGCACUUGAGCUAAAGCACUUGGCAGACGAUCGGUUCUGCUCUGCUCGACAAUCAGAUCCUUCCUCUCCUACUGUUGCAGCGUUCGCUGCCUGUUUUAGCGUAAUCCGUGAUCCUAGCGCAGUUGAAAGAACACAUUUAAAGACUAUUUUGAAUCUGAUAAGAAGUGGUUUAUUUUUCUAUAGAGAAGCAUUUGAUGCUCCAGAGUUCUGCAGUAUUAAAGAGAAGAAGAAGAAGAAAAAAAAAAGAGUAUCGCAGUAUUUAGACGCCUUCCUCUUGGAGGGUUUUUUGGGAUUUGGCCCUCACCAAAGAUGUCAGACCUGGACAGACAUUGUGUGGGGGGAAAAAACUGUGGGAUUUCUAGGAAGUGCUCUUUGGAUUGUGUGGAGUGGGACAUGUGAUGUUUGCUGUGCAUGCCACAUGCCCUGUCCACUUGUGAUUUUAGUGGAUUCCGUUUAAAGGGACAGUUCGCCCCAGAAAUGAUCCUUCUGCCAUUGUUUACUCACCCUUAUGUCCUUCCAAAUCUUUUAUUUUUCAUUUUUCUUUCUUCAAAUCUCACCAUAAAAGUAGUUCAGAUGAUGAUCGCACUAUAUUCAAACAGUUUUCAGACAUGAGGGUGAAUAAAUAAUCAUUUUCCGGCGCACUGUUUCCGUAACUCGUUCUUCCUCAUUCGGUUUGACUGUAUAUUGUAAAUAGGAGAAUAAUUUUGUCUGUAUGAGAGCUGUUUGUCUUCUCUUUAAUUGCCAAGUUUUUCCAUCAUGCACUUUAUGUAUUUAGAGGUUGGAGUUCAUUUCAAGAUUGGGGUUUCAGUCACAAGUUUGUAUGUUCACACACACUCGCUGUAUUACACACUACACACACACACACACACACACACUCAGUAGAGGUUUGUUCCCUUUCACGCUCAGUAUUUUGCACGUGUUUCAGUCAGACUGUGCUUUGAAUAUUAAUAAAUUUUAAUGUCAGUUUUUUGGGGCUAAA